AUGCUCUCCGAGAGAACACUUGCGACCCUUCUUGCACUGCUUCUAUCAACGAUAUUGUUUUCGGCGCGCGUUCCGCUCGUGGACGCCUCACCGCCUUCCGCCACGCAAAUGCCGGCAUUAUUGGAGCUCAAGACGAGCCUCGAUCCCACGGGGCAGGUGUUGACGUCAUGGAACAGCGAGGAUGAAUGCGGGGCAUGGGUGGGCGUCACGUGUGACCCGUCCACGUGGAUGGUCGUGAGCAUAUCGUUGGGUAGCCAACAGCCGCCACUCAUCGGCAGCAUCCCUUCCGCCGUCGCCACCCUCGCCACACUCACCUACAUCGAUCUGAGCAGCAACAACUUGACAGGCCCACUCCCCACUGCCAUUGACUCUCUCUCCGACCUGCAAUUCCUGCAGCUGCGGCAGAACAACUUCUCUGGCAACAUCCCACCAGCCAUUGGAUCCCUCUCCAAGCUCACUGGCCUGGACCUGUCGGAGAAUCAGCUCGUGGGCUCCAUCCCAGAUGUGCUUGGAGGCCUUUCCUCACUCAAGAACCUGGUUCUGAAUCAGAACCAGCUCUCGGGCUCCAUUCCCUCGUCCAUUGGUGCCCUCUCCUCUCUUGAGAUGCUGAGUCUUGAGCUCAACUCUCUCGACGGCUCUCUCCCUCAAGCCAUGUCGUCUCUGCAAAACGUCAACAAGAUCAAUGUGCAGAGCAACCGUCUGUCAGGGCCGCUCUUCCCGCAAGUGGGUGCGCUCACCAAGCUCAAGUACCUCACGCUGAGCAACAACGAGCUGUCGGGCUCCAUCCCCUCAGAGCUCGGCGCGCUUAUCUCUGCCAGUGACAUUGACAUCAGUAUGAACCGGUUUACUGGCAGCCUUCCCGACAAUCUAGGAGGCCUCGCGGGACUGCUCACCCUUCUGGCGUUCUACAACAAGUUUGUGGGGCCCAUCCCUCCCUCCAUCGGCGGCUGCCGCUCCCUUUUCAGCUUGAAGCUACAUGCGAACAACUUCAGUGAUAGCAUCCCGUCCACCAUAUCAGGCCUCACGUCCCUCCGGAUGCUGCAACUGUCCAGCAACAGCUUGACUGGCAGCCUGCCAGAUACCAUCAGUGGCCUCAAGUCCCUCACCUUCCUGGAUGUGAGUCAGAACAAUCUCAACGGCUCCCUGCCCUCAUCCCUAGGAGAGAUGACCACACUGCAGCACCUGGAUGCGAGUGUGAACAGUCUAUCAGGCAUGCUGCCUACCAGUAUCAGCACCAUGCAGUCCCUGCAGCUCCUCGAUCUCUCUUACAAUGCCUUCUCAUCCAGCCUCUCUGCGGCCCUCCCAUACCUCUCCUCCCUCACCACUCUGGAUUUGAGCCACAAUAAGAUUCAAGGUGCUCUCUUGCCAGCAUUGGCCACUAUGCCCAAGCUCUCCAUUCUCAAGCUGAAGGCUAACUCCCUGGACGGCACAGUUCCCAGUUCUCUCGCUCCCCAACUCUCUUUUCUUGAUGUGAGCUCCAACGCUCUAGUCGGCCCCCUGCCAGUAUCUUACUUCAGAAUGGAUAACCUCACAUACCUCUCGUUCGGAUUCAACAGCUUCACAGGUCGCCUGCCUAACUUCGGAGCUCUCACCAAGCUGCGCAAACUAGACAUCGUAGCCAACCAGUUCUCAGGGUCCCUCCCCCCCACCUUUGCACCAAGCAUCGUGUCGCUGGAGAUGCACGGCAACAGCUUCUCAGGGUUGCUGCCUAACAGCCUCUCUCGCCUCGUCAACCUACAGUCACUGGACAUGGCACGGAACAACAUCUCAGGGGGUGUGCCGGACUUCCCUCGGGCGGCGUCGCUUGUCUUUUUGUCGCUCAUCAACAACAUGAUCAGUGGGCCUGUCUCGCAGGAGUUGAGGAACCGGGCGCAGUUGGAGCUCAGGCUAGCAGGCAACCCGUGGUGCAGGGAACCCGAGAACCAGCUGCUCUCAGUCUGCUCCGCCGCCAUCAGCAACGCCACAAUAGAAUGGACGCCCCCGGAGAUCUGCCCGGGGCUCACAUGCCGCAACAAGGAGACACAGGCCGCCAACACCGCCAUCUACUCUGAUAAUGGCACGUGCGAGUGCUCGGAUUUCCUGUCGGUGACGCUGCUGCUCACGUCCGCCCCCUUCUCCGUGUUCACGAGCGACAUUGCGAAUAAGCUGCGCGCCGAGCUGGCAGACCGGCUGAGGAAUUAUAUCUCCGGGGCGCCGCUGCUGGAGCAAUCGCAGGUGUGGGUGUCGUCAGCGGUGCAGGCGAGCACGGGGCAGGUGUUGGAGCUGCACUUCUUCACGCCCCAGGGCGGGCAGUGGGACGUGGCGGUGGAGUCCAACAUCCUCAACCAGCUCUUCCUCGGCUCCAAGUACAACCAGCUGCUCGGGGCUGACUUCGGCCCCUAUGUGCUCAUCUCGUCUGCGUCCUCCACGCUCUAUGGCCCCAGCGAUCCGCCUCCUGGCCCACCACCACCCCCUGAUUCAUCAUCUUCCUCCAACUCGUCCUCAAAUGCAGCCGACAGUGGCGGGGGCGGGCUGGCGACGUGGGUGAUAGUGGUCAUAGUGCUGGUGGUGCUACUGCUGCUCACUGUCAUUGUCGUCCUCGCCGUGCUCUACUCGCGUGCACGCAAGGCCAAGCCUCCCACCCCCCCUGCGCCCCUCUCGCCCAAGGACUACUCACGCCUGUCCGACCUGUCGAUCAAGGUCCAGGACCAUUUCGUGAAAGCAGUCAGCCUGCCGGUCAUCCUGGAGGCGACGCAGCACUUCAGUCCCUCACAGCUGCUGGGGGAGGGCGGGCACGGGUCGGUGUACCGCGGGCUGGCUCCCACAGGGCACACGUGGGCCGUCAAGCGCAGCAAGAUCGUCAAUCUCAAAGGGCUGCAGCUGUUCCAGAACGAGGUGGACAACCUAUCCAAGGUAUCGCACCGCAACCUGGUGAAGCUGCUGGCGUACUGCGAUGAGGCCAACGAGCAGAUCCUCGUGUACGAGUUUGUUGCUAAUGGCAGCCUGCAGGAGCACCUCCGCCCCAAGGAAGGUCACCCAAAGCCGCCGUUGACGCUGGAGCAGCGGGUGGACAUAGCGAUCGGGUCAGCAGAGGGGCUGCACUACCUGCACUCCUUCGCCAGUCCCGGUAUCAUCCACCGUGACGUCAAGUCCGAAAACAUCCUCCUCACCGACAAUCUCGAGCCACGCCUGGCGGACUUUGGGCUGCUCAAGAGUCUCAAGGAGGAGAACCGGGACGAGGCGGUGAGCACGAGGGUGGCGGGCACGCCCGGGUACAUGGACCCCGAGUAUUACAAGACGUUCAAGGUCACCACCAAGAGCGACGUCUACAGUUUCGGGGUGGUGUUGUUGGAGCUGAUUACAGGCAAGCCACCCGCCAUGAACAAGUCUCAGAUCUCACACGUCUCUCACUCGCAGUUUGACAACCACCAGCUCAUCACCAUUGCCGAAUGGGCCUUCCCGCUGAUAGUCUCAGGCGAUCUAGACCUGGUGGCAGACCCGCGCAUGGGGCCUAAUUACUCCAAGGAGGCGCUGCGAAUGAUGGCCACAGUUGCCCUGCAGUGCAUUCAGCGCAGCAGCGUCGAUCGCCCUGACAUGGGGGACGUUGUGCGGCUGCUCUCUGAGAUCCGCUACGAGGUGCGCGGGAAACGCCCUGCCACCGCGUUCCUCCCGACGGGCGAGACGGAUUAUAGCGGCGCGCCGCUGGUGCCGGAGGGGUACUCGGGGAUUAGUGACACGAUUGAGAUCACCGCACCCACGUCCAUCAUUCCGGGCGGAAGGUGA